CACCAAUAUAGAGGCUCCUAUCAGCAAUCCAAUUAGUACAUACACAUUUAUCUACAUAUGAAAUAUUUUUAAAGAUGGGUUUGUAAAAUAUAAUGCAUUCACCGAUGAAACUACACACCAAAACAUAAAACCGGUAAUUGGUUGUUGUACCUCUGCUGGCAAAAUAUGUCACUUUGAAAAGGGCCAAUCUGUAAGGGCAACGUUUUGGAGCAACGUUGCCGUUAAUACUUUUGUAUUUACCUGUGCAUUAUAUUAUUAUUAAAAGAUACAACACAUUAUAGCUUCCCAGCUGUAUUUGUAAAGUGGGAAGGUUUCUGCCGGAUUGGACUAAUUUUGUUAGGCUGCUUUAAAACGUUUUUAAAUUACUGUAAACAAAAAAAAAUGGGGGAAAAAAAUGAUAAAUGAUUUUAAUAAUUUCUAUUCGAUAUUAGGUUGAUUGCCUAAUUAUGUGAUGAGGCUCCGCGACGGGUUCGGCUGGUUUCUGGUGGUCUGACCCGCUGUCAGCUCUUGUCGCUCUUCAGGGUUGUUUAAGCCGGUGUCAAAAUGAACGAACAAUUUUCACUUAAUCACAUCGACAAACUGCUUUUUCAGUUUGCUCUCCAGACGAGGGAGCUCUCCCAAAAGAAGAAUGAAAUCAACCAACAGAUUAAAGUUUGCAGAGUUGACACUGCUGAGAGAAGGUCAUCCAUUGACGCGAUGCAGAGAAAUAUCCAAAAACUGGAGGAGGAAAUCAGGGCGAAGCAGAGCACUGUGACACAUAACAAAGCCAAUGCUAAAAGCAUGAAGGCGACAAACGCUCUGCUGCUUCAGUAUGAGCAAACACUGAAAGCAGACCUGGAGAGCAGAAACGCAAGCUACAACCGUGACCUAGAGGUCCAUGAAGAGAGAAUGGCGAGCUGCAGGAAGACUUUCCAGUCGCAUAAGGAAUAUUAUUGCAAAAAUCCUUUAGCUCAAAAGCUCCUCACGCUGCAGGCUGAAAAAGAGGAGAUUGAGUCUAGGAUCAGGGGUUGUGAUGAUCAAAUUGCAAUGAAACAGAAGGAGCUGGAUCAACUCACUGGUCCAGCCGUCAAUUCUUUUCUCCCUGAGAAACCACCUGCCAGUGUCCCUGAUCAGCCGCCCAGAGCAGAACCAGAGAAACAACUGGAUACCCAGACAGAGGAGGAAAGUAAUUCAUCAAUAGACAUCUCUUCUCUUCAUCUUAACCAGGCAAAGAAGGGUGAUGCAACUUGUGUAGAAGCAAAUACUGAAGAAGCUUGCGAGGAAAACAAGGUACAGUAUUCUUCCGCCUGCCGCCCGUCCUCAGCUGACAACGAGCUGUGGUCAUGUCAGCCGCUGGACGAGCAAAGACAGCCAGAUGAGAUGCACACCAAGGAGCAGGAUGGGGAGGAAUCUAGACAAGACGACCACGUCUUGCAAUCCGCUGCGUCAGCCGCGCAGCAGGAAGUGGAGGUCGAGGCGCCGGAAGUAGCCACCGACGAGGAGCAGGCACAGAGCGAAGAUGACAACGAGGGACUCGCUGCUGUUCCUUCGUCCCCAACCUUCCCAUUUGCCUUCAGCCCCCCACGUCAAGGCACCUCUGAUGCCAAAUCUCCACCUUUCCUGUUCUCUGUGAACUCCGAUCCCAGCACGCCGGCCUUCUCUGGGUUCGGUUUUGACGCCGGCUCUUCUCUGGAGGAGGAGUCCCCUUUCGCUUUUACCUGCCCCUUUUUCAACGAGAAGAAAACUUCAGAACCAAAGUCUUCGACCUGCCCAGAGUUCCUGUUUGGACAACCAGAGCAAAGUGAAGCCUUCAAGUUUCCUUUUCAAUCCCCGAACCCUCGGACAACCGACAAAGAGAACACCAGGGAGGAUUUUCCAUUUUCAUUCAACUUCUGAGGAAUGCAUGACAAAUGUCUGAAAUGCUGAAUUAAGUGUUUUUAAAGCAGUUAGUUGCUGAUUUUCUUCUGCGACAUUCUCAGUCGUUGACGACACAUUUCCUCGGUAAGGUUUCAUGUCAGGUUUUAAGCUUUAUUCUGUUUAAUGGAA